AUUUACAUGAGAAAAGAUAAAAAUUAGUUAUAAAUAUAUAUAUCGAAAUCAACCUCCACCGAAUAACACUACACAAAUGAAAUCAGAAUUAACAGUGUGGAGAGGAAAUAUGAAAACUACUGUCAAUCCAAGACUAAUGAGUCGUGAAUCUAAAAUUUCAGACAAAUUUCCAAAAAGAGUUAUAGUGUUUCUUGUUAUGAUGUGCUUUAUCACACUGGCCAUAACAGCCGGUAUGGUGUUCAUAACUAAGAUACCUGAUCAUGAAAUAGUGACUGCCGUCUUAUAUAUUGUCGUGGCGAUUACUACUGUCGGUGUAAUCAGUCUGCUGCUCAUAUCGGACAGAACAAGGAGACGAUUCCCUGUGAAUUUUUUCUUGGUGAUGUUAUAUUCUGCUUGCUUGUCCAUGCUGACACAGACUAUGGUGAUUGGAAAGGAUUACAAAUGGGUACUUGGUGUGAUAGCAGUAGCUUUGGUCCUCUACAUCAUGUGUACAUCGAUAGGUUCAACUGUGCGAAGUGAACUGAAUCUGGGCUCACUAGGAAUGCUGAUAGGCUAUGUUUUCGCCUCAGCUGCAAUUGCAGCUGCCACACUUGUACUCUACUUUACGGAAACCUACGCUUGUAAAUUAAUAAUAAUGCCUCCUGCUUGGCUGUGUAUCAAAGAUGCUGCCAUUCUAACUAUUGGUGUUAUUGUCUACUUUAUUGUUAAUCUAAUCAACAGUAUUCGUCUCUCCCUGUUUCCUGUCUAUAAAUCGUUGAAAAAUGAAGUGAUUCUAAUAACUGGCGCUGCUAAUGGAUUAGGUCGUCUAUUGUGUGUAGAAUUUUCAAGACACUGUCCAACUAUUCUAGCACUAGACGUAGAUGAAAAUGGCUUAAAAGAAACUGUUGAAUUAGUAGCCAAUACAACUGGAUGUCAAAUAAAAACAUAUAAAUGUGAUCUAAGAGAUAAACAUGAAAUUGAUAAGGUUGUUCGAUUAAUAAAGAGUGAUUUUGGCAAAGUUACAGUUUUGGUGAACAAUGCUGGUAUAACAAACAUGGGAGGAUUUUUCAGAUGUAAUCGAGACCACUUUGAAGAUUUACUCAAAGUGAAUACGCUUGCUCAAUAUCAUCUUACCAAGGAGUUUUUACCAUCAAUGUUAGGCAAAAGGUAUAAUCCCUACUCUUCUGUACAAUCGUCUGAAGAACCACAUGGUCAUAUUGUUUGCUUAUCAUCUGUAUGCGGUGUAAUGGCUUUUCAAAGUUUUCCUAUUUAUUGUGCUUCUAAAGCUGCAGUCCUACUGUUAAUGGAGUCAUUAGAACUAGAAUUAGCAAGUAUGGGGAUUAAAAAUGAAAUAUGCAUUACAAGAGUAUUACCAUAUUUAAUUAAUACAAAUAUGGCCAGUGUGAUAAGUGGAACUCGAUCUGGUGUAUUUGUUAUCAAUGACGCUGAAUGGUGUGCUAAAAGAAUUGUUGAUGGAGUUAUGAAAAAUGAACGAGUUAUUUAUAUUAGUGGGUUUAUGCGUCUUUUUGCAAUACUGAAACUCCUAUCACCGAGUUAUGCUUAUCGUUAUUUGCAUAAGAUAAUGGCAGAUGCGCCUAUCUUUGUGAAAAAGAUGUCCAGUUCUUGA